AUGAUCGAAAUUCGUGACGCUGAAAACUCGGUCAAACACGAAGAAUGGGUUAACCAGUACGGCUCGACGAUCAGAUACAAAGGGUUCUUUGGGAGAAGUCGCUUUUACACCGUAGAUGUCAAGGCAGUAAACCAUAUUUUGAUGAACAACAAUAUAUAUCAGAAGCCGGAAUCGGUGCGUUAUAAUUUGGGACGAAUCCUUGGAAAUGGGGUAUUAGUGGUGGAGGGAGACAAACACAAACAGCAGAACCCAGCGUUUGGUGCUGUGCAAAUCAGAGAGUUGACAGAGAUUUUCAUUGAGAAAUCUAUCCAACUUCGCGACGCGUGGGCAUCAGAAACCAAUAAAGAAGGAUCGAAUGGCAGAAUUGACGUGCUAUCGUGGCUCAGCAAAAUGACGCUUGAUGUGAUUGGGAUCGCAGGUUUCAACUACAAGUUUGAUGCCCUAUCAACUGAUCCGACAAAGAAAAAGAACGAGUUGAACGAAGCGUUUUCAACCAUCUUUCGUUCGGGCACUCGUAUGUCCUUAAUUCCUAUCAUCAGAGGACUGGUUCCCGCUUUGCGUUUUCUUCCGGCUGAAAACGAUGCAGAAGCAAAGAUUGCAUCAGAAACAAUGGCCCGCAUCGGAAAUGAAUUGUUGAGAGAUAGUAAGGCCGCUGUACUGGAAGAAGAUAAAAAUGGUAAAACUGUGAAGGCAUCUUUCCAGAGACGCGACCUUCUGUCCCUUUUGCUCAAAGCCAAUAUGUCAACCAAUCUGCCAGAAAAUCAGCGAAUGUCAGAUGAAGACGUUCUCGCCCAGGUUCCAACAUUUUUAGUCGCAGGCCACGAGACAACAAGUACUGCGACAACCUGGGCAUUGUAUCACCUCACUCAAAGCCCGGAGGUUCAACGCAAACUUCGCAACGAACUUCUUAAUGUCUCAACGGACAACCCAACUAUGGACGAACUGAAUGCUUUGCCAUAUCUCGAUAUGGUUGUCCGGGAGUCGCUGAGAGUCACCCCUCCUGUACCAUCCACCAUGCGUAUAGCCGAACAGGACGAUGUCAUUCCCCUUAGUCAACCAGUCAAAGAUAGACACGGGAACAUACUGGACAGAAUCAGAAUAACUAAGGGCCAAACAGUCCUAAUUCCCAUUCUCGCUUUGAAUCGCGCAAAAUCCAUUUGGGGUGAAGAUGCGGCUGAAUACAGACCUGAAAGAUGGCAACAUAUCCCUGAGGGUGCAGGAACCAUUCCCGGUGUCUGGGGAAAUAUGAUGACCUUUCUCGGUGGACCUAGGGCGUGUAUUGGAUACCGCUUUUCUCUAGUCGAGAUGAAAGCUCUGUUGUUUACACUCAUUAGGGCAUUUGAAUUUGAGUUGGCAGUAGAUCCAAGCGACAUCAUGAAGAAGUCGACUAUAGUCCAACGGCCCCUCCUGAAGUCGGAUCCCGAGGGUGGAAACCAAAUGCCGCUGAUCCUCAGAUCAGUCAAAGUGUAG